AUGCGCUUCUUCAAGGCCGCCGUCCUCGGCCUGGUCGGUCUCGUCUCGCAACAGACACUGGCCAGCCCUACCCCCGUCGACAAGCGCCAGACGCAGACUGUUUCCGACCUGACCAUCUUCUCCCCACCCUCCAAUGCCGGCUGGGUUGACCCGCGCGUCCUGUACGCCCGCGCGAUACAGAUCACUGGCGGCGCCCUGCUUGCCACUUGGGAGAACUACUCGCCCGAGCCACCCUUGGUCUACUUCCCCAUCUUCCGCUCGACCAACAACGGGCAGACCUGGACCGAGAUUGGUCGCGUACGUGACACUGUCAACAACUGGGGCCUGCGCUACCAGCCUAUGCUCUACGAGCUGCCCCAGGCUAUUGGUAACUACCCUGCUGGCACCAUCCUCCUUGCCGGUAAUAGCAUCCCCACCGAUCUCAGCAAGACCAAGAUCGAUGUCUAUGCCAGCAGAGACGGGGGCGCCACCUGGACCUUUACCAGCAGCGUUGCCGCUGGUGGCGAGGCUCGUCCCAACAACGGCCUGACCCCCGUAUGGGAGCCUUUCUUGGCGGUCUACAAUAACCAACUCGUGUGCUACUACGCCGACCAGCGCGAUCCAAAGUACGGCCAGAAGCUCUCGCACCAGGUCACGAGCAACCUGAUCUCCUGGGGACCUGUGGUGAACGACGUGGUCGACGACAACAACUACGAGUCGCGCCCGGGCAUGCCGACCAUCGCGUCCCUCCCCAACGGGCAGUUCAUCUUUGCCUACGAGAUCUGCGGCGGCAGCGGCGGGUGCCGCGUCAACUACCGGCUGACCCGCGACCCGUUGAACGUCAACGCCGCGGGGCCCAACAUCCCGCUCGUCUCUACUCGGGGCACCGCGCCCGUGAGCUCGCCUUUCGUCGUGUGGACGCCCAUCGGCGGUACGAACGGCACCAUUGUGCUCAGCGGUGGCAGCCCCUCCAACAUCUUUGUCAACCGCGCCCUCGGACACCCGAGUGCCUGGGUCGAGUAUGCCGUGCCGCAGCCCAACGCGUACUCGCGUGGCCUGGCCGUGUUCAAGAGCAACCCGGGCUGGCUGGCCAUUAUCGGUGGCGGGUGGCUGCCCCCGAGCUCGGUCAAUCGGGUCAGUGUCAGUGUGGUCAAUCUGGCUCAGCUGAUUGGCGCAUAG